GAGUUGGCUUGGGUUUCGUCGAAAAUAUAAUGAAGUGAUUUUCAUGGGAUAAUCCCAAUUUUACAGAUAACAUUAAUAGAAAUGGAGAACGUGAAUCUUAAUCAGAUUUGCAGGACUUGCAAAUGUGUGAGUCCACAGAUGCGGUCGCUGUUCGAAGGUUAUGAAAAUCCUCAUCAGAAUCCCCGUAUUGACGAGAUGCUAAUGGCCUGUGCUUCAGUUCAGGUAAUAUGUGGAGACGGUUUGCCGACUUUAAUUUGCCAAGUAUGUGUGGAACAAUUAAAAAAUGCUUUCCUAUUCAAAAAACAAGCAGAAAGGGUAGAUGUUGGUCUAAGAGAGUACGCAAAAAACCUUAAAGUAAAUGAAAUUAAACAAGAAUUGCAGAACUCGGAAUUCAUGGAAUCUCUUAACACACUUGACAGUAUUCUCAAUGAAACAGCUAAAGACCCAACUACUACUGGAGAAACAGCACCUCCCCAGAAAUUUGAAACAGAUUACAUACAGUUUAUGGACAACAAUCAAAUGCUUCUCACAUGUCGUGAAUGUGCAAAAAUGUUCACUACACUAGAGGGUUUACGUUGCCACAAACGCAUACACACUGGAGGUAUGUACAAAUGCAAACAAUGUGACAAAGAAUAUACAAGACUUAAUCACCUGCAACGCCAUGAACAAUCUCAUAAUAGAAGGAAAGUCCAUGUUUGUAGAAUUUGUAGUAAAACAUUGACAAGAAUGGAACAUCUAAAAAGACACUUAGUGACACAUUUAAGAGAAAAACCGUUUUCCUGUAAAACUUGUAACAGAGGAUUCAACAGAAUUGAACAUUUACAUAAUCAUGCUCCUAGAUGUAAAGGUGAUACUGUCUACCCAUGCGAUAUUUGCAAUAAAGCCUUCAACCGUGAAGACAGUCUUGAAGUUCAUAGGAAAAUGCAUGAUUCAACCACUCCGAAAUUACCGACAAUUGAAAACUUGGAUAAUAUUGAAGAUCAUUAUUACCAGAUCGAUCAAGACCCAUCUAUCGACUUUUCUGAUCAUGAGCAUUCUGAUGUUGAUGAUUGUUUUGAACCUCAAGUUGAAGUUACAGAGACAACUGAAGAUGACAAACUCAAGGUUGCUGCUGAAAUUUCAACUCACGAAGAAAACCAGGAUGAUGAAAGUAUACACAGUGAUGGUUCUAUUGGUGGUGGUGAUAUUGGCAUUGACAUAGAUAAUGAUAAUGAGUCCGAUGAAGAUGAAGAAUUUGAUGAGGAGAAAAAAGAUAAUGAUGCUGACAGUAGUAUGGAAAAAGAUCAGAAAGAUUUAACAUGUAUUGAUGAGGAAGAAAACGAAGAUAAGAAAGAAGUUAAAGUUGAAGAUGAAAAACCAGAUAUCGAUGAAGAUGAGCAAUUGCUUAAAAAUGUUAUUGCCGAAGUGGAAGGUGAAGUUUCAGACGACGAUGACUCAGAUAAAGAAAGUAACGACUCAGAUUAUAUUCCACAAAAGAAAUCGCCACCAGUGAAACGCGGUCGAGGUAGACCUCGUAAAAAUGCGGAGGCGCCCCCUAAACCACCGAAGAAGGUGGGAACCGGCAAGAGGGGGCGUAAGCCGGGCUCUAAAAAUAAAAACAAAAUGGAUAGAGAUAUUAAAAAAGAAAAGGAUGACGAUUAUGGAGAUUAUCCUUGUCCUGUUUGCAACGAGAUGUUUAAUACUAUGAGUAAAUUGGAUAGACACGCUAAGAUCAAACAUGAAGGAGCCAAGAUUCACAAAUGUAAUGUGUGCAGCAAAGCCUUCUCACGCGUAAAUCACUUGAAGAGACAUAUUACAUCACAUUCAACUAUUAAACCUUUCCGUUGUACAGUAUGUACCAAAAGCUUUAACAGACGCGAUCAUCUCAAUCAACAUCAAAAGUUGCAUGAGAGAACUAAUGAUUACGAAUGUGAAAUAUGUCAAAAACCAUUUUCAAGGGCUGAUCACCUCGCUAAACAUAAGGCUUCGAAACAUGGCAUAGGAGAGAGAAUAUGUGUUAAAGAUUCAAGUACCUCUUCUCCUUCUGCUAUUGUUUCCACUAAUUCAUAUUCAUUUAUUGAUGUAAUGGGCGAGAAGAAAUUUGAAUGUCCUCUAUGUCACAAAUUCUUCACGACAGAGAAAUACAGAGAUGUUCAUGUAGCAGGUCACAACGGUACUAAAGAAUACUCAUGUAGAGUGUGUGAAAAGACAUUCUUAUCUAAAUCCCACCUUACAGAACAUAUGAAAUUCCACAAUGAACAUUCCAAGAAGUUCCUUUGUUCUGAGUGUGGACAACGCUUUAUUAGAAAUGACUAUUUGGUUAUUCAUAUGAGGCGGCAUAGAGGAGAGAAGCCUUUCAAGUGUAAAUAUUGCGGAAAAGGUUUCCCAAGAACGACAGAUUUGACGGUGCACGAGAGAUAUCAUACUGGAGAGAAGACUCAUUUGUGUACAAUAUGUGGAAGAGGAUUUGGAAGGGCCUAUAAUCUCACCGUUCACAUGAGAACGCAUACCGGUGAAAAACCAUAUCAGUGCACAUAUUGCGAUGCUGCUUUUGCACAAGGUAACGAUCUUAAAGCCCACGUGAGACGUCAUACAGGAGAAAGAUUCCAGUGCGAAUUAUGUACAGAGAGUUUCCUUAUGGGCUAUUUAUUGACGCAACACAAGCGAACUGUCCACGGUUUGAAUGUUGUCAGUAACAUACGAAGGUUGCAGCCUGUUCACAAGCAAGAAAAUCCCGAUGAACCUCCACCUAUAACAAUUCCUCUACCGAAACCAGUAAUUCCUGAUAAUGUCAUGUUCAACGCCUUACAUGCGAAUGCAUUACAUGCAAAUGCUCUACACGCCAACGCUCUCCAUGCCAAUGCGAUCCAUGCGCAGUUGGCUGUUGCGCAGCUACAUCAUUUAACAAGAGAAAAAGUAGAGGAUGUACAGUACUAGAUACACUUGCCUUUGUAAAUAUCAUAUGAUCACCUAAGUAGGAUACAUAACAUUUUUUGUUAUUAACAUAGGAAUAUUGAUGGUAAUCUCGUCACAUACUCUUUAUGUAAUAUAUUAGCAAAUAGAAUCUAUUAGGUACUAAUUACUUAGAUCAGUAUCUAUGUUAUUUUAUUUUGUUCUUAAAAUCUCACUUUUGUCUUUCAAUUGUUUAUAAUUUUCAUGCUUAGUAUUUAUUUUGACGGUAAAUGAUUAGAUAACGAUGCUUAGAAACUUCUGAAGAAUUUUAUGUUAAAAUACUAUACAUAAUGUGUAUUUUCGAGAAUAUAAAAAAGAUAACAUAUUUAAUUUUAAAAUUUUGAUAUUUUCAGAAGCUAUACACUAAAAUAAAAACAAAUAUCGUUGC